AGUAGAGCUUGAUUGCUCAGAUAAAUAGUGGGCAGAUGCUGGACUGUAGCUGAGUAUUUCUUUUCAUCCACAGGAUAAAAUACUGAUAAUUUGAGAGUGAUGGACAAGGUUCAGAGUGGUUUCCUCAUUUUGUUUUUGUUUGUAACGGAAUGCCCACUUCAUUUGUGCUUGCCGUUUGCAGAUGGACUCCAUCCCACUGGAAACGUAACAAGCUUACCAGGCAAUAAACAAUCACAACCACCCAGAAACAUCACCAAAGGGCCCAAAGUGUUCUCUCGUAAAACCCAGUUACCUGGGAUUCAAGGGGCUGCCUCGAGAUCCGUGGCAGCGUCAUCUACGAACCCCGUGAAAUUCCUGAGGAAUAAAGCAAUAAUUCGGCAUAGAUCUGCUCUUGUUAAAGUAAUUUUAAUUUCGAGCGUAGCCUUCAGCACUGCCCUGAUAAGUGGGAUGGCAAUCUCCUAUAUGAUAUAUCGACUGGCACAGGCUGAGGAAAGACAACAGCUCGAGUCGCUUUAUAAGAAUAUCAGGAUACCGUCAUUAGGAGACCAAGAAGAGGGCUCAGAGGACGAGGAUGAGUCCACGCACCUACUUCCAGAGAAUGAAAAGGAGCUGGAGAAGUUCAUCCACUCAGUUAUUAGAUCAAAAAGAAGGAAAAAUAUUGAGAAGAAGAAACUGAGGGAAGAGAAAAACUCAGUAACACAAAAAGAAACAAAGAAUGUGUCACAUAAUGGAAAAAUGGAAGAUUUGUGAACACAGAUGACAGAGGUGCCGGCUGAGGCAGAGGAGAGACUAUGGGGGUGCUGGGAGACUGAGCCCGUGGGCGUGGCUUGUUCCCAGAGAACCUUGUGGAAGAGGACAUCAAAGAAAGAAACACCAAACGUGUAUCCCAGAAAAUAAAGCCACAUGAUAUAGCAA